UUCUCCAUCGUCCUGCUAGCAGUUGUUGACUAUGACUACCGGUUUACGUAUAUGGACGUGGGCGCCGUGGGCUCCGAGUCUGACGCAGGUGUCUUUGCCCAAUCACGCCUGUCAGCACUGCUAGACACUGCAGAAGCAAACCUCCCCCCUUCAGAGCCCUUUCUAGAGGAUCCCAGCGGACCCCCCAUGCCGUACUUUCUAGUUGGGGACGACGCCUUUGCCCUCCGACCCUGGCUACUGAAGCCGUACCCCUGCCGUGGCCUAACCCAUGAUGAACGGAUAUACAACUACAGACUCAGCCGGGCACGUCGCGUGGUGGAAAACGCUUUCGGGAUACUAGCGAAUAGGUUCAGAGUAAUGCAUUCACCCAUUAUGCUGAAGCACGACCGUGUCGAGGCCGUGGUGAUGGCUGCCUGUGUGCUCCACAACAUGCUGCGGUCUGGCUAUACAUCGAGCGGUGAGUUCGACACCGAGGACCCACAGUCCCAUGACGUGAUCCCUGGCGCCUGGAGGAAUGACCGCCCCCUCGAUGACAUCCCCAACCUACCAGGUGGCAACUGGUCGUCACAUAGUGGCAAGGAUGUGCGGAACUACAUGCGGGAUUACUGCACCUCACCCACAGGCAGUGUUGCCUGGCAGGAGGCCAAGAUCUAAGACACGAACAGCCUCCGGUCUGUGCCUUUCGCAGGACCUGUCCGGGAACGCCAAGGUGACAGCAACUUCUGAUCGUCUGUGCUGGGCGAUGGAGUGGCGCGCCGCUUCUUGCCACGCCUAGCCUGGGCCUCCUCCAGGGCCGACCGUGGGCGGGUGGGUGGCGGCUCUUGGCGCAGGGGACCCUGGGCGUCAUCAUCCUCAUCACUCUCGCUGCUGACCGUCACCUCCUGGCCGCCCACGUGACCGUCACCUCCUGCCCGCCCACGUGACUGCAACCCCGAAGGCCCUGCGACGGCUGUGGGAGGUGGUGGCUGGGAGGCGUCCGCAGCGGCCUGCGUAGGGGAGAGAUGAAUUUAUUAUGUCUGUAUUACGUAUUGGUAUUAACAUACAGUCCCGUAGGCGGGCCGGAGUAGUCUCGUAUUUGUCGCUGAUGGCACUGGCUGGGGUCGGGCUUAUUGUAUGUGCCUCAGUCAGAGCCGCCAACGGCAGAUACCAGACCUACGGUGGCCCUGGAUACAUUAUCCCAUACCCAUGUUUUUUU